AUGUCAGUUCAAGCUGCCCGCUCACAGCUGACACGAGUUCUCGUUGUUGGAGGCUCAUAUGCCGGUCUUUCUGUCACACUCAAUCUCCUGGACCUUUGCAAUGGGCUGGCUCCACGAUUCUCCGGCUCGAAGUCGCCGGUAGAUAUAAGCCAACAGACACCAGUUGAGGUUACAAUUGUAGAUGAGCGCGAUGGCUUUUAUCAUCUGAUCGGAACUCCGCUCGCAUUCGCUUCCAAAACAUACGCAGAAAAGGCAUGGCUGCGAUUCGGAGAUAUUCCGGCGCUCCAGACGCCCGCCGUAAAAAUCAUACAGGCUAGAAUCACAGACGUUGAUUGUGAAGACAAAGUCGCAGCCGUCACAGAAAUUGGCACGCAGAACAAUAUUCAAAUACCAUACGAUUAUUUUGUUGCAGCGUCGGGGCUGAGACGGACCAAGCCCUCGGCUCCGUUGGCACUGACGCGCAAACUAUAUCUGGAGGAAGUUUCGGAGCAUAUUCACAGAAUUGAAACGACCAAAGAUGGCGUUGUUGUGAUUGGCGCAGGUGCCGUUGGCAUUGAAAUCGCUGCUGAGCUCAAGAUGGUCCAACCAGAAAUUAAGGUCACGUUAAUUCAUUCACGUUCCAAGAUUUUGUCGUCCGAGGACUUUCCGGACGAAUUUAAAGACACAACACUGUCCCUAGUCCACGACGCCGGGGUCGAGACAGUUCUGGGUGCCCGAGUUUUGGACACUAUCGAAAACACCGACCCUGCUUCGAAAUCGAAAACUUACGAGGUGGUGCUCUCCGAUGGCCGUCGCGUCAAGGCUGGCUUCGUGAUUAAUGCGAUAUCCAAGUUUCACCCGUCAGCGACCUACUUGCCGACCACCGCGUUAGAUGAAGAAGGAUACAUCAAGAUUAAGUCGAGUACCGAAUUCAACGACGGCACACCGAACUCUACCUAUCACCAUGCAGCCGGCGACAUUGCUCGCUGGCCCGGUGUCAAACGCUGUGGUGCCGCGAUGCAUCAAGGGCUACAUACAGCGGUUAAUAUUCACCAGAAAAUACUGAGCAAGCAGCGCGGUCAGACUCCCCAAUUUAAGGAGCUGGAUUCAAAUGUUCCGCCCAUGAUGGGCAUUGCAGUAGGCAAAAAGGCCGCUUCGUAUACCCCUGCUGCUGGCACAAAUGCGAGUGAAGAGGUAUUGCGGUUAUUCUUUGGGGAUGACAUGGGCUUUACAAUUUGUUGGAAUUAUCUCCGUCUUGGAGACGCACCGUAUAAAACAGGAUCAACAAACGGGUCUGUGAUUAACACCGCCGGCAACAUCAUGAGCUGGAGGAGACCGCUUCUAUUCAUAUUCGAUCUUUUUAGAAUGACCGGGAGGAAUCUGUACCAAUUCGGCAUCUUGAGUCUGAAGAAGUUUUCGCUGUUCUCCUGA